AUGAACCUCUUAAUCGGUGGAGGGCUAGGUCUGGUUAUCAACACACUCCUCCUCCUAGAUAGAAGUAAGCACCUUCUCCACCUAAAGGAUCCUCUGAUUCCAGGUCCACCAGGAAUACAGUACGAGGACGCGGUCCUGCAAAUAGCACCAGUAGACAAGUCCAAGUGCCCUUUCAUCAAGGAUGGGAACGAUAUAGGGUUCCAACUCUUUACCAAACACAACCCUACAACAUACCAGGAGCUGAAGAUAGGAGACGAUGAGUUACUAUUCGCGUCUAAUAUGGACUUCCAUGCGCCCACAGUGAUAUACUUCCACGCGUUCAUGGAACAGCCCAGCGAUGGUAGCGCCAUCAUGAUUCGAGAAGCAUACAUGCUGCGUGGAGACACGAAUAUGAUCAUGAUAGACGCUCGUCAUCUUGAAGCUGGACCCUGGUACUUCACGGCCGCGCAGAAUACUUGGUAUAUCGGGAGGUUCGCCGCACAGUUCAUUGACUAUAUGGUCUCAAGAGGGUUAAACUUAAACAACACGCAUCUGGUGGGACACAGCCUGGGAGCACAAGCGGCUGGAGUGGCUGGGAGCGCGAUACAAUCAGGUCGCGUUGCAAGGAUCACGGGUCUUGAUCCAGCAUUGCCGCUGUUCACGGGUCUACCUCCAGAACAGAGGCUGGACUCCUCGGACGCGCUGUUCGUCGACGUCAUUCACACAGAUGCUGGCAUCUUUGGUGUCAAGGAGCCGAUAGGCCACGUAGACUUCUACCCUAACGGUGGUCAUUCCCCCCAGCCGGGUUGCGAACUGGAAGUCGUGAUACCGAAGAAGCUGCUCCUCAACAAGUGUGAUGGUACCGAGCAGACAAGUGGUUACUACUCAUAUUACUUAACGUCAAACCAACAUCAUAGAGACAGAUCUGAACAAAACGAGAUUAAUCAAUAUACAGCCGGUUCAAAGUGGAAGGAAUCGGAUACAACUGAAGGAGAAAUACAAAUAUUCUUAAAUAAAAAUGGAAAAUACUUAUCACUUACACAGAAACAUAGAUACAAUAGUAAUGGAAAACAGAAAGGAAUUAAAAAAUAUCAACAAAAUUAUAUCGAAGUUAAAACUGACAAUGAAUCGAUUAAUGGCCAGAAACGCGUUCAAAGGGACACAAGAGAAACAGUAACGUACACCAAAGAAAUACUAAAAAAGGCAAAUAAACAUUCGCAUCAUUUACACGAACACAUUACUUCAAAUAAUGAUAAAACAAAUAACGCAAUUAAAAAGAAAGCUGAAAUAGCAAAAGACGCUUUAAAUCUAAAUGACGGUAACGAAUCAAAUGUUACAAUUAAAGAACUAUCUACAUCUGAAAGAAAAGAAAACAUCGACAACUCGAUGAACGUUAAGCCGAAUGCUACAAUAACUAACGAACCAAAAAAUAGACAAAAACGUUUCCUAUCGUUAUUCAAAACGAACAACAAUUACGGAAGUGAUAAUAUUCUAUUUAAGGCUUUCAGCUUUUUGUUAAAUAAAGGCAAACAUAUAAUACCAGUUAUUAGUGUAGUGAGAGAAAUUAAUACGUUAGUGAAAAGUGCCAAUGGUGAACUCAGUCAUAUCACUAAGGAAAGUAAUAAGUACAUAGGAUCAAAUGCUCCUGAACUUAAGCCCAUCACUUACACACUAGAGCUUGGUACGGACAAGGGUGUUGUCGCUUUUGUUAAGAGAUUGCUAGGGGUAACACAAAAAGAUAAGUUGACUAUUGGGAGUAGAUAA